GCUAAGCAAAUUUUCACCAAAGAUCAGAACUUUUGAAUUUUCAGUAAUAUCAAAGAAGAACUGCUAGACAACAGGACAGGAACAAUGACGACAAGGUAUGACACCCUUGCAAAUUCCAUCCAUCAAGCAGAAGCAAGAGCAGAAGCAGAAAGAAGAAGAAGAAGAAGAAGAAGAAGAAGAAGAAGAAGAAGAAGAAGAAGAGGAACAGCAGAAGAAGCAGAAGCAGAAGCAGAAGAAGAAGAAGAAGAAGAAGAAGAAGAAGGAGCAGGAGGAGCAGAAGGAGCAGGAGAAGGAGAAGGAGAAGGAGAAGGAGAAGGAGAAGGAGAAGAGGAAGAGGAAGAGGAAGAAGAAGACUUACUUUUCACCCUCGACAACUCUUAAUCUGUCAUGCAUGGAAGAGGAAGAGGGUCAGCAAAUGCAUGGAAGAGGAAGAGGAAGAGGAGGACAUGAAAAUUGGGAGGGGAGAGGAGAGGGUGGGAAGGGGGAGGAGACUUGAAAAAGCACCUUUGCAGGCGAAACCACAAAAUAACAGAGGUCGAAAACAACUUUCUGGUAGUGCACACCCUCCUUCAAUAACCAAAAACAUAUUUAAGGAACAACAACAACAUGACACCUAUACACGGUCGUCGUCCCCAACUCCAAAAACAAAAAAAAAACAAAAAAAAACAACAAAAAAAAAAAGCUGCGUUUGGCUCUAACUACCCACCCUCGUACCAGAGUGGAAACUCCCUCCCCCCCCCUCACCUCCCCCCCAAAGCGUUGCAAGAACCAUCGA